ACUUACAGAGCUAUUUAUUUUGGGGAUUCAUUUACCGCUACAAUUUAGUUUAUUGAGUUCAUUACAAAGCUGUUGGAUAUUUGACUCAUACAAGAAAAUAACAGAUAAGCACAGAAGCCAGAUGGAAAAGAAGCAACAUAGUCUAUUGGCUCUCUGUCCUCAAAGCACAAAUCUAAAUAUAUAAUCUCAUCCAGAUACCACAAAAAGAGCGCGCACGAUGAUCAGGUACUGUUUUGUUUUCGCGGCAGGAUUCUACUGUGGAGUUUUGUUUCAAAACCAAUAUGAAAUUAAAAAUGUAGCCACGCCAAUGGAACUUGGCGAAAGUCUCCUAACAACAGUUAAAGGAUUAUUAGAACAGAAGAAUAAACCUAAAUAACUGUACAUCUAUUGCAUCGCAAAAUUUCUGUAUCAAGAAGAGCACAAAGUUAUGAAUUUUAGCAUUAGGUUUCUUAGUGUUUUACACGUUUUGCUUUCUCCAUGUUACACAUUCAUUUUACCCAAGAGUAUUAGAAAUAUUUCUUCACAAAAUGCACUUUUUAUUUCUGAAUGGCUUGUUAAAACCAAAAAUUUGCAUGUCAUAUCCAAUCCUUUAGUAGAGGAUAUCGAUUUAGAUGGAAAUCAUGAUGUUUACUUUUCUACAGUAGAUGGUGUACUUUACGGCAUUUCGAACGUGCUUAAAUGUGUUGCAGGAAAGUCAUGCGGUAUUCCCUACGAGAAUUGGCCCGUAUCUCACUACGGUGAAAUCUUCUUUUCGACCCCCAUUGCGGUUGAUGUUUACGCUGAGGGUUUCAAGUCAGUACUUUUUAUUAGUCAUCAUGGAGCAGUGUUUACUUAUGAUUAUCUUGGGAAUUUAUUGUCACAUUUUCAAAUUCCAGAUAUCAUUCUAGAUCGAAGUACUUUAUCCCAAAGAGAUUUUGAUAAGAAUUUAUUUGAAUCUAUACGUUGGGCAUCUACUGACAAUCAAUCAGCAAUACAUCGUGAAAAGGCUAUCCGUCUACAUCCCAUAGUUUAUACAGAUCCAAUUAUCUUAACUUCAGUGAUUAGUCGAUCGAAUGUGAAUGACAUAAAUUUCUUGUAUACUGAUCUUUUACAUAUUGCAUUAAAUUUCGUUAAUUAUCAUUCUUAUAUCACAACAGCGUUGUUGAAUGAGUCAUCUCCUGAUGAUGGUGUACUGGUAGCAGCAAUUGUGAAUAUACCACGUUGUGCUUUAUUUUCUUUAAAGAACGAAGAUUUCAAGUUAUGUUCACCACGUCUUAAAGUGUUAGAAGUUGACUGGCUAUCUGUUAAAUUACCACCGUAUAUUUUUUCGUCGCCUAUUAUAAAUGCCAAUGUUUUGGGAGAGACUCGAGUCAAAGAUCGUUCAUACGUUGAUAGUUAUUAUAGUUUUAUUACUACAUUUAGUGGAAAUAUACAUGUGGUUCAAUUAACAAUGUUAAAUAGUCAUGUUAGUCAACUUUCGUUAGAGGUCAAUAACAUUUUUAUUGAUUCUCAUUCUUUCCGUAUCUCUCCAAUGACCUUAUCAUGUGUACCAUCUCCAUGCCCAUUGAAUAAAAUGAAAUCGAACAUAUUACAGUCUAGUGUACUUACUUGUUGUCUACAAGUGGAUAUUUAUUCUUGUUUACGUCUUAUUCUUCUUGUAUCUACUAAAAAAUAUCAUUCUCAAAUUUAUUGGACAUAUUGCCCUUCUACUUCUAAUACUACUACGACUACAUUGGAGUAUGGAGAACAAACUGGUCAAGUGAUUAUUGUUCCUGGAUGUCAAAAGUUACAAACUUGUUCACCAUGGUCUGUUUACACAACACCUGAUGGUUAUGCACAUGCUGUCGACAUUCAGACCGGAUUAUCGGCUCCAGGAUAUCCUGUUAGUUUGUUUACUAUGUAUCAUAAUGUUACAAAUCUUUCUAUAGGGUCUGGAUUAUUAUAUCAAAGAGAGGAUUACACAUACUGGUUGGUUUUUACUGAUGUUUACACAAAUUUGAUUCAUUUGCGACUACAUAAUCCUUUGGUGAUAAUAUCACAUAACCAUGAUAGCAUGUUCAAUCAUCAAACUAAUUCAUUGCAGACAAUUUCAUUAUCUCCAAUACCUUUACCGUUACCAACUGGAGUAUCGACGCCACCUUCAUAUCUCUUAUUGUCAAAUCAUGGUUUAAUGCUAUUGAGGAGUAAAUCAUCUCCGAUUGUUCAGUCUAGUUCAACAUCAUUACUGACUUAUACUAAGUAUAUUGACAAUGUGGACAAGUCCAUUACUCAAUUUAUCAGUGUUCAAUUCGUUAACGAUCAUUUCGAACCAGUUGAUUCUAUUAUUCUUGAUGAUAAUAAAAGAAUUUUAAAUUAUUUAAUCAGAGAUUGUUCAUAUCAUUUAAAGUUAUUUAAUGAAUCCCGAUUAGCAAAACGAUUUUUAGUCAGAUUGUUAACAUCAUUUGGUGUACCAAUAUCGGAAUGGUCAAAUGCAUAUAUAACCACAAAUAUGACAUGUCAUUAUCAUUGUUAUUGUUUCAGUGGUUCAUUGUCUAUUCAACAUAGUUUACCAUUAAAUUCAUAUCAUAAUGAAUUAUAUCUGUCAGUGAUUGAUUCAACUAAUGGUUAUUUCAUUGUUAAUUAUCCAAUUAUAAUAAGCUCUCAAAUGAUUUCUACACGUAUUAUUUUACAUAUUGGAUCAUAUCAAACACAAUUAAUUGUCAGUUUGAUUUAUUUACCAGGAGUUUAUUUAUUUAUUGGAUUAACUAUUAUUCAUUGGUUUUCUAUAAUAAUAGCAAAACAGAAAAUGACUGUACAUAAUAAUAAAAUGAUAAAACAAUCUAUUUGAGUUUAAUUUUUCGUUCUUUAUUUUAUUGAAUAUAUUUAAAUAACAACAAAAAAUCUAUUUCUCAUACAUACAGUGUAAACAUCACAAUAGUCAACUACAAAUCUCAUUACUUCCAUAGUGUUUUAAAUCCUUUUCACCUUUUUCUUCUCUGUGUUAAUGUACAAUUAUUCCACUUUUUUCUUAUUGUUUGUUUCAUUUUCAUGUUAGUUUUCAUAAUUUCUAUGUUCGUAACAUAUCAAUGUUAUAUUAAUACAUUUGCAUAACAAUAUUCUGUAUGUGUAUAUAAAGAAAUAAAUAAAAUACAAUACAUUAGAGGCAAGAA